AUGAAAAAUCAAUCGGUGUUAAAAGUCGGUGUGUUGCCUUCACCCAAUUACCUCGAAAUAAACAGAACAUCAGACGGCGAUUACCAGAUUUCUGGAUUUCAAGGUAAUUUCCUCGGUGCAAUCCUGUCAGCUUUGGGAAUGAAAUAUGAGUUCGUCGUCCCCAAGAUUCCGAUAUGGGGUCAUCGAAAUGAGGAUGGACAAUGGAUUGGUCUUAUCGGUAUGGUCAACAGGUGUGAAGCUGACAUGGCAUUAAGUAGUAUUGUUAUAUCCGAAGACAGAAGCAAGGCUGUUGACUUCAGUACAGCAUUUAGAGCCGAGGGCAUGACAUUUUUGAUAGAGAAACCAGGGGAAGUAGCACCGGCCCUCGCUUUCCUGUAUCCAUUUGAAAUUUCGAUUUGGAUAUGCCUUGUUAGUUUUCUAAUUUCUCUGCCGGUCCUCUUUCAAAUACUUCUUGGAGGAAACGCCUCUUAUGGCCGAAUUUUUCUGGAGCUUUUUGCAAGCAUCCUGAGACAACCAUGGACUAUCCGAGGGAAUACCAAGAAAUCUAAUUUUUUACUGAUAUUCUGGUGGCCACUGGCGAUGGUGGUGUCCUUCAGUUACUCAGCUGCCUUGUUGUCAUUCUUGACGGUUCCUUUACAAGGAGAAUCCAUUCAGAAUUUCCGAGAUCUUGCUGACGCUGUGGUGAAAGGAACUCAUCACUGCUAUGCUCUUCAAGAAACGGAUGUUAUAACCUUUCUGUUCGAAUCCAAGCAGCCCCAUUACGUUACACUUGGAAAGGCCAUAUUGAAAAACAAUUGGUUCUACAGUUUUUCGAAUGUUAGAGAAAGGAAACAUAUCAGUCAGCAUUCCGUUCAGUUGAUUAGCCGAACCUCUGCUGAGUUGCUUUAUGGAUCUAGUGAUGUUUUUAUAUCUAAAGAUACUCUUGCAAUAUGGCCCAUGGGAAUGGCUUUGAGAAGAGGCUUUUGCUGCAAAUCAAAAGUUAAUACUAUUAUUUUGAGGUUAUUGAGUUCAGGAAUUCCUGAUAAGUUUUUAAGAGAUGAAUCGUUUAAGAUACAGCUCGCUGAAAGAAGAAAAAGAUUCAGCACAAAGGACGCUGACGUGGAAAAACAAUUGUCAUUGAAAGAUGUAUCUGGUGCUUUUAUGUUUUUGUUAGCAGGUUACUUUUUAUCUUUCUUUAGCUUUUUAGGUGAAAUAAUUUUUGCUAGACUUCAUAAGAAAUAUUCUUAG